AUGUCUCAUUCCGGAGCUACUGUCAACGCCGAGUGCAUAACGGCCUACAACGAGCUCAAGCUCAACAAGAAGUACAAAUACGUCAUCUUCAAGCUUACCGACGACAACAAGGAGAUUGUCGUCGAAAGCACCAGCGAGGAUGGCCCCGAAUAUGAGGACUUCCGCAAGAAGCUGAUCAACGCGACCACCAAGAGCAAGACUGGCGCCAUCGGCAAGGGGCCCCGCUAUGCCGUCUACGACGUCCAGUACGAGCUCGCCUCGGGCGAGGGCACUCGCAACAAGAUCACCUUCCUGUCGUGGUCGCCCGAUGAUGCCGGCAUCAUGGCUAAGAUGGUCUACGCCUCGUCCAAGGACGCGCUGAAGCGCGCGCUGCCCGGUCUGGCGGCUGAAGUGCAGGCCAACGACCCCGACGACAUCGAGUACGAGUCGCUGCUCAAGACGGUCAGCAAGGGCACUGCCGCGAUAUAA